AUGUCACGUUACGUUCUAGCUUGUUUACUCUUUUUAUCAUUUUCGGCUAAUAGCCGAAAAAACACUGGGGACAAUUCACAUACAACGCAACAAAACUGAACAAGUAAGUACCAAAUCAUCAUAGAACCUACUUCAAUUGCUCACAAACAAUAGAAAUAACCAUGAAUAACCUGCCCCAACUUCUCCCUGGCGUUUUUGACCUCCUUAGUGGGGUCCACGUCUCCCCUGCCGCCCCCAACCACCCACCAAAGCCACGGGGUGCGACCCGUGAGUGGGACGAUGAGUUGAGUACUUGGGUCACAAAUAACCAGUUGGUGGCUUUGCGUGCGGAAUACGCGCGCAACCGCGUCCUCUCCGAUUUGGAGAGGGCAAGACUCGCGCGUCGUCUUCGUUUGCGUGGCGACGACUACGCCCAUGGUGAGCGUAUCAUCACCGUACGAUAA